GCUGUGUGUGUGUGUGUGUAAGCGAGAGAGAGAGAGACAGAGAGGGAAAAAAAGAGAGAGAGGAGUUUCUUCAUCCAAGGAGCGUUGGCCUGCGUGUGGAUUGGGGAACUUAUUGUGGGAAAGUAAACAGCAAAGGAUAUUUCAAGCCUGUCUCCACCGAGCGCAGGAAGAAAGGGGGUCGGGUCUUUGAGCGUGGGACCUCAGGGGUGCUGUGCAGCACGAGGAUGGGGGUGCGUUUCAGAAGCCCGUUCGUCUGAAGUCCGGGGCUGCAUGGGGGAGUCCUUGGAUUAAAGUCUUUAGGAGGUGCUGCAGUUCUCUGGUGGCUGUCCUACCCAGGAGCAGGAGACUGAUGUGACUUCAGACUGACCCGAUGGCAUCCCCACACCCCCCAACCCCGCCAACGACUGAUCUCAUGUCCAACAGUACGUUCCAAGCACAGCAUCAGAAGGUGGAGGAUGAUGAUGAAGAACAGGGGGAGAAGUUUGAGUUUGAGGACAGCGAUGAGGGAGAGAGUACCUCGAAUGGCUCAGCUGUGAAGGACAACAGUGCUGGUGCUGCCAAGGAAACUGCAGAGAUCACCAAUGCAAAAGAAAGCCAGACCUCCAGAAAUGAAGAUUCAGCAGUGAAGCAACCCUCAGCAAAUACACUCCAGAGAAACAAUGGCAUGCCCCCUGCUGGUCAGGAGGGAUACAAUGCUGACACAGCUCUCCAUAGCAAUAGCGCAGAUGUAGAUGUUGCUGAGACUACAAAAGGAGAGGCCCUCUCCACAGAACCAAGCACUUCAGGAGAACUAGACCCUACCUGGAAGACUCAUACCCUCUCUGAAGGCCAGCCGCCUCCAGAGCCCGAGGCCCCUGCUGAGACAGAGAGCCCAGAGGUGAUCUACGAUGACGUGCCCUUCGAGAGCCUCCUCUCCCCUGAUGAAGAAAACCUGAUAUAUGAAGAUGUGCAGAAGACAGAGGAGCUGGCGGGCGCAGACAACGGCUGGAGCUCCAGCGAGUUUGAGAGCUACGACGAGCACUCUGAUACAGAGAACAAAGCAGCUCCCACACGCAGCAAGCUCCCUCCAGACGUGCGUCGGCUGAAGGAACGUUGCGCCAAGACCAAGCGUGAGCUGGCUAUGCGGCUAAGCGGCCGUGACGUCACCCAGAUCAGGCAGAGCUAUGACACCAAGGUACAGCAGCUGAUGAAGGCAGCCAGAAACGGGACUAAAGAUGGAAUUGAAAAGACUAAGAUAGCCAUGAUGCGCAAAGUCUCCUUCCUGCACAAAAAGGACACCUUAGAAGAAACGGAGGAUGAUGCUGGGUAUCUGGAUGUGAACGUGUCAGAGUACAAACACCCUCCCCCCCAGCUUUCCCCCAUGCCGGAGGGACUGAGCAGCCAGCAGGUUGUCCGACGGCACAUCCUGGGGUCCAUCGUUCAGAGCGAGCGAAGUUACCUGGAGUCCCUGAAGAGGAUCCUGCAGGAGUACCAGAAGCCUCUGCUGGAGGCGGAGCCUCGCAUCCUGAGCCCCAGGAAGAUCCGGCCCAUCUUCUUCCGCCUGCGAGAGAUCCUGCAGUGCCACUCCAUGUUCCAGAUCGCGCUGUUCUCUCGCGUGGCCGAGUGGGACCACGCCGAGACCAUCGGGGACCUGUUCGUGGCCUCUUUCUCCAAGUCGAUGGUGCUGAAUGUGUACAGCGACUACGUCAACAACUUCACCAACGCCAUGGCUCUCAUCAAGAAGGCCUGCAUGUCCAAACCUGCUUUCCUGGAGUUUCUUAAGAAGAAGCAGGCAUCCAGCACAGACCGCAUCACCCUGUACGGCCUGAUGGUGAAGCCCAUUCAGCGCUUCCCUCAGUUUAUCCUACUGCUGCAGGACAUGCUGAAGAACACUCCCCGGGGCCACCCCGACCGGCUGCCCCUGCAGCUGGCGCUGACCGAGCUGGAGACCCUGGCGGAGAAGCUCAACGAGCAGAAGCGCGUGGCCGACCAGGUGGCCGAGAUCCAGCAGCUCGCCCGCAGCGUCAGCGACCGUAGCCUGAGCAAGUUGCUGAAUUCGGAGCAGAAGCAGCUGAUUCUGUGUGAGACGCUGAUUGAGACUGUGUACGGGGAGAAGGGGCAGGUCCUCAAAUCCAAGGAGCGCAAAGUCUUCCUCCUCAAUGACAUGCUCAUCUGUGCCAACAUCAAUGUCAAAGAUAGUACAUGUGAAAGUGGCAUUGAUCGAAUCUUAGCUCAAGAAAGGGGGCCCCCUGACAUCAGCAGUCUGGUUCCCGUGGGGCCCAAGUACGCCAUGAAGUGGAGCGCCCCCUUGCUGCAGGUGCAGGUGGUGGAGGUCGGACAGGAGAACCCCCAGAGUAAGGACACCCUUUUCCAGCACUCUGGAUCGAAGCGCCUGAGCAGCUGCGGUGUCCAAGGGAAGGUGUUCCUGGGACCCCCUCGUCUCUACCAAGAGCUUCAGGAGCUGCAGCAUGACCUGUCCGUGGUGGAGGAGAUCACGCUGCUCAUGGGCACUCUUCAGGGCGCGUACCAGAAUCUGAACACGACGGUGGGGCAGGACUGGUGCCUGGCACUGCAGAGGCUGAUCCGAAUCAAAGAGGAGGAGAUCCAGUGCGCCAACAAGUGCCGCCUGCGUCUGCUGGUCCCCGGCAAGCCAGACAAGUCGGGACGUCCUGUCAGUUUCAUGGUGGUCUUCAACACGCCCAGCCCCCUCAGUAAGAUUUCCUGGGUAAACAGACUGCAUUUGGCCAAGAUUGCACAACGGGAAGAAAACCUGCCUGGCUGGUUCUGUGCAGAGGAUGAUGGGAAGACCAAAGCUCCGUUCUGGUGUCCACUGCUUGCUUGCCGUGUGCCAGUUUUCUCCACAAAGAUGCAGGAGCAGAAGCUGGAAGCAGCUCUUCACAACCCGGUCCAGUGCGCUCUUCUUGGCUUUUCGGCUGCCAGCACCUCCCUGCCCCAGGGCUACCUGUGGGUGGCCAGCGGGGGAGAUUCCACGCAAGGGCAGGUGGACAUCUUCUCCCUGAACAGACCCACCCCCCGCCCUGUUAAAUCCUUCCAGGUUGGGGCGCCUGUGCUGUGUCUCGAGUACGUGUCUGAGCCCAGCCCACCAGAAGAGGCCGAGGGCGGGUGGAGAGAUAGUCUAGCACGGGUGGGCAACACCAUCUGUGUAGGGCUAAAGGAUGGCAGCAUCCUUGUUUACGGCAGUGUGGACACUGCCGCCCAGUGCUUGCUGACCUUCCGGAACCCCGCGGGGUGCCCCGUCCUGUGUCUGAAACAUUCCGCCAACUUCCUCUUCGCCGGGCUGAGCGAUGGAGCAGUGCUGGUGUACUGCCGUAAGGAUGGAGCGGAGCUCUGGGACCCCGCGUCGUGCCAGCGGGUGGAGGUGGGCUCUCAGCCCGUCCGCACGCUGCUGGCACUGGAGGACUGCGUCUGGGCCAGCUGGGCCAACCGGGUCACCGUGAUCGAAGGCUCCAGCCUCCUGACGCAGAGUUUUGAGGCGCAUCAGGAUCCCGCGGUGAGUGUGGCCCACAUGGUACGAGCCGGGGGCGGGGUUUGGAUGGCGUUCUCGGAGGGUUCGUCCAUUCGGCUGUUCCACACGGAAACGCUGGAGCACCUUCAGGAGAUCAACAUCUCCACGCGCUCAACCUUCCUAGACCCAGGUCAGAAGGCUGUACGUGUCACCAGCCUACUCAUCUGCCAGGGGCUGCUGUGGGUAGGCACUGCCCAGGGCAUCAUUAUCACACUGCCUGUGCCCAAGCUGGAGGGUAUCCCCAAGAUAACAGGAAAGGGAAUGACGUCGCUGAAUGCUCACAACAGUUCGGUGGACUUCCUGGUGGCCACGUCCAGCGUGCUGUCGCCGGAGCUGCUGAAGCGGGAUUCCAUGACCGACGGGGCGGACUCGGCCAGCGGGGGGGAGGAGCGCCUGGACUCCUCCUCCCUGGAGUCCCUGCAGCAGCCCAGCGACUCCCCGCACCGGGAGCGGCGGGGGAAGGGGGUCCUGCUGCAGUACCGGCUGCGCUCCACCGCCCAGCUCCCGGGGAAGGUGCUGACGGCGCGGCCGGACGAGGCCUCCGACUCCUCGCUGGAGUCCCUGGAGCACAGCCCGGAGGACGGGUCCAUCUACGAGCUGAGCGACGACCCCGAGGUGUGGGUGCGGGGCCGCCCCUCCGCGCGGGAGGGGGUGCGCAGGGACAGGGUGACCUCGGCCGCCGUCAUCUCCGGCGGCAGGGGGUUCCGGCGGCUGGGGACGGCCGGGGGCGCGGGAGCGGGCGGAGAGUCCAGCGAGAGCACGCUCAUGGUGUGGCAGCUACCGCUCACCGUCUGAGGCCACCGAGUCUGUGACUGUCUGAGAGGAAGCCAGCGCCCUCUACGGGCCCGGUGCUAGCCCCUCCCCCCUGGAGGCGGGACUUGUGUGUCACUGUAACAGACGUCUGUGACACCGGUCUGGCUGGGAGACUCGUAAGGGUGGAGCUCCUCCCCCAUGUGCUGUUUGGACAGGCCUCUGUUGAGCGUUAAGUCAGACAACGUCCAGCUGAACACAAACGUGCGUUUCAUUGUGAGCGCAUGUGAGCAUGUGUAUGUGUGUGUGUGUGUGUGCUUGUGUUUGUAUGUUUGUCCACAUAUGUGCAUGGCUCAGUUUGGCAGGCACAGCCAACAUAACUCACAACAUUAAACUUUUACACAGAAUGCUGAUUUCAACCUGGGAAAUCACCGUGCUGUGGAAGGACUUUUUUCCAUAUCCAUGGAAGCACAAUGAAUGUGUUAAAAAAAAUGUAUUAGAAGUUCUGUCUUUUUAAAAAGCCACACCUCCAAUCCGUUGUCUUUUAGUGAUGGGCGUGAGUCUGCCAGCUCUCUCCUCUAUGUAGAAAGCUACUAACAACAUUGUCCACUUAGUCACACCUCAAGGAGAACAGACGUCUUUCAAAGGCAACCAAGCGGAUAAGGGUUAACGUUACUGUUUGUGUAACUAUUAAUGUUGUAUUCUCUGUGAAUUGUUUCUGGGCACAGAUUUGUCUUUGGCAGUAUACCAUGUCCUGUCCAUGUUUGUCUUUAAUUUUGUGAGAAGAGAACCUCGUUGUGUUGAAAAAAAAAGGACAUUUAUUCCUUUCCAGCUUCUUCCACGAGCUAUGAGAAAGGGUAGGUCUAUGAGGGAAAAGCAGGCUGAGCACUCUGGACUCUAAGUCUGGAGCCACAGGUACUUACUGUUAAAGGUACACUUUCCACUGUGUCACUUUGCUGUAAAAUAAAACAAGACGUCUUAUAUAGA